AUGAAUGAUUCAUUGGAAGAUAACAAUAUUUUUUCGAAUAAUUCAAAAAUGAAAUGUCAAUCAUUAAAACAAUUAUUUGUACCGGUGACAAAUAAAGAAUAUAAACGUUCAAACGUUUUGCAAAAUCGAAUUAAUUCUAUUAAAGAUAAUUGUAUACCAUCAAACAAAUGUGCUCGAACAUAUAUAAAUAGAUUUUUUCCAUUUUUAACUUGGCUUCAAUUUUAUGAUGUUGGAUGGCUACCAAGUGAUAUAUUGUGUGGUGUUACUGUAAGUUAA